GUCAUAAAUGUGGGGCUUUGCUGCAUCAUCCUGAAUAUCAAAAAGCUACAUCAGCCAGCUUAGGAAAGACCUGAAUAAAUGUGUUUCCAAUUUUUAAUUUGGAUCAGCAUUAAGUUAUUGAUUAUUCUAACACCAACAGCUUUGUAUAAGGAGGCAGUUUCCCCUAACUAAUUUGAUACAGCAUUGCCCUGCAGCAAUGAUGAUUGAAUUUCUCUUUCUUCUUUCGGCCUAUGUAAGCUUUAUGAGUGGCAAUGCCCAGGCGACUGAUGGUUAUGCUACAGAUUCACCAAAGAACGUAUUCAUCUUAGCCGGACAAAGCAACAUGGCUGGCAGAGGAGGAGUGAUUGAUGGCAUCUGGGAUGGGAUUAUUCCUCCUGAAUGUAAAUCCAAUCCGUUCAUCCGACGACUUAGUGCAAACCUGUCAUGGGAGGAGGCAACAGAGCCCUUGCACAGAGACAUCGAUGUGAACAAAACCUGUGGGAUUGGACCAGGUAUGGCAUUUGCUAAUUCAGUCUUACAAGGGGACCCCAGCUCGGGGUAUAUUGGCCUGGUUCCUUGUGCCGUUGGAGGGACGAAUAUAAGCCAAUGGGCUCGCGGCACCGACCUGUAUAACCAGCUUAUCAGGAGGGCUAGAGCGGCCGUUCAAAGUGGUGGAAUAAUCAGGGCUCUGUUGUGGUAUCAAGGCGAGAGUGAUACCGUCAGUUUCGAAGACGCCAGACGUUACAAGAGCAAUUUGCAGAGGUUUUUAACGGAUGUUCGCUCUGGUUUGCAAUCCCCUAUCCUCCCCGUGUUUCAGGUUGCAUUGGCAUCCGGUGAAGGACCAUACGUUGAGAUUGUGAGACAGGCUCAGUUGGGAGCUGAGCUUCCAAACGUGCGAUGUGUAGAUGCAAAGGGUUUAGAGCUGCAGCCGGAUAAUUUACACCUCACUGCUCAGGCUCAGGUCCAGCUAGGGGAGAUGUUGGCUGAUGCGUUUUUCCAGACUCCGCCUUAUCCCCUUCCCAGAAACAGUACAAAAGCUUGAAUGACAAAGAUGAUGACCAGACCAGCUGCAUUUUGACGUCCAGUUGAAAAGACUCGCAUCAUUUCACCAAGCUAGAGCUCCACUUGAAGAUCAGCAAGGCAGAGAAGCUGGUCUCCGAUUUUCUUUUGUUUUCUUUGCCGUUCUCUACGGUUUUCUGAACGUUUAGCUGAUUUUGUUAAAAAUUGCUUGCUUAAAUGAGUCGGACCGUUUGAUAAUAAAAGCAAAUUCGUAUCUUUUUCUAUGACUUUUUUCCUCUUUUCCUUUCCAAUGUUAAGGAGAGGAGAACAAAUCUUUGAC